UAUCGGCGCCUGGUACAUCUGGCUGUGGCGAUUUUCACCUUUCAAAAAAACAUGGGGAUCCACGGACUCACAAGUUACGUUAAUUCGAUUCCAAAUCUUUGGGAAGAUAUCAAUCUUCGAGAUACCAAACUAGUCAUAGAUGGGUCUUGUUUGUGCUACUAUCUUUAUGUAAGUAAUGGAUUUGACUUCCGGUGCGGUGGGCAAUACGGCGAGUUUUACCACGCGGUUGAUUCGUUUUUUACUGCUUUGAGUUCUAAACGAGUCGAGUGCUUUGUGAUCUUCGAUGGCGCAGACGAUCCAAGCGACAAAAAGCUGGAAACACUCCAGAAGCGAGCAAUCCAGAAUAUUCAAAGGGCGAAUGCUUUGGCAAAAUCAGCUGAUGACGGCCAGUUCUUACUUCCCCUUUUGACCAAAGUUGCUUUCCUACAGGCGCUAAGGGAUGGUGGCAUUCAAUUUGCAGUUUGCGACAGGUAAAUAAUAUUAAGCUUUGAUAAACGCACUGUUUCGAAAAUUUUGAAAGCGGGAAUUCCCCCAUGGUGAGAUAACCUGAAAAGUAUACCUGCCAACUCUCACGCCUUAGGCGUGAGUCUCACGCCUGCGGGUUGAAAACUUCGAUCUCACGCUUGUGGGCCAAUUUCUCACGCCAGAUUGAAAAAUGUGAGUUGUUGCCGUCUUGCUUGGCACAAUUUCCAAAACUUUGUUAACUCAGACCCAUGUAAGGAAAGAAAACCAUGUGUAAAAUGAAUAAAUGACAAUACCUUCCUCGCGAUCUCUGAUUUUGUGGAUAAGCGUUUUCUCGAUAACUUCGCCUUCGGCAGACUUCCGACGUCUUCGGAAGACUUCGGACUUCUUCGGGAAUCUUCGGAAAUGAUCGUGUCGUCUUCAAAAAUCCCAGCACCCCCAGAAUAAAAAUCUCACGCUUAUAUCUCAGAAAAAGUUGGCAGGUAUAGAAAAGGCGGAGGUUGAGGGAGGGGCAGUCAUCUUACGGGCAAUGGUAAGAAGUGACUACCCGAUGCGACAAAGUUGUUGAAAGCCCUCAAUUUUUUCCGUAUUUUUAUUCACUAACCAUAGAAACUGGACGCAAACUGCGUCCGAGCGCGAGGGGAUAUUAGAGGGCUUGUUCACCCCUGGCCUGCGUACACGGCAGGUACAAAACGCAGGUUGCAGGGCACAGGUCACCGUGCUACAGAAAAUAUUAAACAACCUAACCCUAAUCACAAUCCAAAACUGAGUUUUAGCUUAAGGCCAAACUGCCUAUAUCAGUUAUUUUUCAAUAGAGCUCUGACCUGCACUUGUGGCCUGUGAUCUGUAACCUGUUUUUUUGUACCUGCCACUGCCGACAGGCUCCCAGGGAAAAGUUGUUUAAAGAGAAGGGGAGAGACUUUCUCUCCUCGCACGGUAACCAGUCAUUUCUCCCCCAAGUCAUUUCGCCCCGGUUACUUAGCCCCCUUUUUUGAGUCAUUUAGUGCACUUCGAAUGUCAUAUUCCUCGAUCUAUAAGCCAUGAAGCAAAACAAGCGCUCUUCAAAUGCAACAUUCCUCGUUCUAAAAUAGGGGGCUAAGUAACCAAGGCGAAAUGACCGUAAAGCCCUCGCACUAUCCGCCACUAAAGAGCCUUUCCAUAGGCAAGCACAUCCACACACUAGGGACUGGUCAAAAAGUAUAGGGGGGGGUGGGCCGGAGCAGAGAGGGGGUGGGUCAUGAGGUUUUGAGCCUUGUGCAAGGGGUGGGUCGUGCAAUUUUCAGCUACCCUUAGGGGGUGGGUCACCCUAUUUUUUACUAACCACUAACGAGACAGUUGACUACACUUGUUAUAUAAAACACCGCCAGCUGGAAUUAUUGCUAAAAUACUCACAAACCUGUUGUGCGAGAAAAUACAAAGGUUGACAAGCCAAGACAUCUAUACGGGCGUGCAACCCCCGUUAACCUUAUUUUUUUCUCUAACAAGCAUGUCCUUUAACGAUUUUCCUUUUUUGUAAGAAAAUGAUUGGUGGUUCUUUAAAAAUUUAUUGAAGUUAUAGUUGGUUUUGUAUAAAAUUCCAUUUUUUCAUUCAAGCUUCCUUUAUAGUAGACACUGAGGGCUGGUAUUGUGUCACGAAUGGCAAUAUUUCUUUUUCCUCCUUGCUGUUUUGUUUUAGGAGUUUAGACUCCCUUUUGUGAAUUCUUUUUCUGAUAGUAGAUUUUCAAUCAAAGAUAGGGGCAACAAACGAGAAUAUAUUUCAAAACCACUUAAACGUAGCAUUGUUAAACGUAUUUUUUUUAGUAUUUAAACAGUAGAUAUAGGCAUAUUUUUAUCCCUAAAAAUUUUUCAUCUGUUCGGAUCUCCUAGCUGAAAGUCUUGUGAUACGCAAAUUGUAGGGAUUAAAACUUACCUUUUCGAAAAUUUCAGCCAGAAAAAAGGCUCCCGAAAAUUCUAGGUGACCUUAGGGUAAAAAUCCGUUAAAAUGGGCAAUUAUACCAUUUUUUUAGAUGUUAAAAUCCUAGGAGGGGCAGACAAGCAAGAAAUUUUACAACAAAUGUUCCGAAAAUUCUAGAUCUCAAAUCGUCUUUCGAACAGAUAUUUUCCGAAAAUUGACGUUGGGUGCCCCUGAAAAAUUGUGGGUAGCCUCUGUCCAUCAAGCGUUUUUUUUAAAUUUGAAUUAUUUUCCUCAAAGGUUGUUUCUGAGCAGUUUUUUUCGUAGGAUUCUUAAGACUUCUCCUUUGACAAAUUCUUUUUAACAUCUGGAGGGUGACACGAAGUGAAAUGUGUGCAAGAAGCUUUCCGUCUGUUUGAAAUGUGUCUUUGCAUCAAGGAUAGAUUUUUCCUUGAAUCUUGUGCCUUUGUAUACAACCGUGUCUAAAAACGCAGUCUCAGUGUCAAAUGUUUCGGUCGUGAAUUCAGUAGUUAGGUGGUGCAAGCUUGCUUGUUCAAUGAUUUGUUGUUUCAAUAUAUGUCAUGAAAAUAUUGGCAAAGGAAUCAAAACUGCUGUUUUUGUGCCCUGCAGUUCCAUGGUUUUGUAGGUAGUGCUUUCCACUGAAGUAGAAGAAAUUUUCGUUGAGAAUUAAUCUAAUCAUUUCUGGCAAGUAAUGUGUAGGAAUGGGUUGUCUUUGUUGAAAUUUUCAUAUGCUUUGUGACAGAUAAUUUCAAUAUACCCUUGUUUUGCUGUAUAUUUGUGUCAAGACUCAUAACGUCCAUUGAAACAAGAAAUGUUCAGUUUUUCACAUUCGUCUUUUCAGUGAAAGGUAUGAUUUCUGUGAUUUUGAUAUUGCUUGUAGCAGUGUAUCAACAAAUUUUGUCAAGCACAGAACAAGGUUUCAUUGGAUUAUUAAGAGGAAACCGAGCAUCCAUGUUUUAACUAGGGGGUGGGUCAUGCAAUUUCCAACCUUGCUUUAGGGGUGGGUCAGUCAUUUUUGUGCCGAAGGGACGGGGUGGGUCAUGUGUUUUUUAUCAACCACAUUUCCAAAUGCUCCGGCCCACCCCCCCCCCCCUAUACUUUUUGACCAGUCCCCUACCCUGCAAUAUCAAGAAAUUGGUUGAUUCAGCUUAAGCAAGUGUAUUUUCUUCUGCGACAAGCAGUGUAGAUUUUGAUGUUGUAUUUGACCUAAGAUGUAAUCCUCUCGCUUUUCCUCAACAGUGAAGCUGAUGCAGAAAUUGCUUCCUUGGCUCGAUCAUGGAACUGCCCAGUUCUAGGCAACGACAGUGACUUCUUCAUAUUUGAUGUAAAAGCAGGCUACAUACCACUGUCUUUUUUCGAUUGGAAAGCAGGUCAAUUAACAGCCAGUAUUUUCUACCGUAGUAAACUGGCAUCACACUUUCGAAUACGCGCAGAACUGAUUCCUUUGUUAGCUUCUUUGGCGGGCAAUGAUUACGUGAGUCUGGACGCACUGGCGGCUUUUAACCUUGCACUGAUUCGCAUUCAAACCACGAAUCGUUUUAGUCGAAGAGAAGCAAGGUUUGCAAGCAUUGCUAACAUGCUGUCCGAGCUACCUGACUCGUGUAACCAACAGAAAGCACUGGAGUCCGUCCUUCAAAUGAUAUCAUCACCGCAAAACAGAUGUGAAUUGAGACAAGUUGUAGAACUUUCUCUUCAGGAAUAUAACAUUAAGGAAUCGAAUUUAUUGGAUUAUUUCAGAUCUGGUGCGGUGUGCAGCUCCCUUAGAACACGUAAUGGCCACGAAAUUGAGCAGUGGGUUUUGCGUCGGUUUCGUUCUGGGCUGUUUUCAACCAAAUUUAUGAACAGUUUAACCUCAGGUAAAUGCUUACUUCGAGUGCAGGUUGAAAACUGUGGGGAAAUUUCUGCAAACCGCUCUUCUUUGUGGCUUAGACAGUUUGUUUACGGUAUCUUAAACGAUAUAGAAGAAGGCACAAAAGAGACGGGAAGUUUACCAGCUGUCCGAGAAUGGGAUAGAGAGGGCAUGACGGUGAAGCCAUCAAAUGUUGCACCCUGUCAAGAGGGUGUGGUACCAGGUAUAAGUCUCAUGCCAUAUCUCGAGACCACAGAGACGCUAAACUUUUUGUUAUUUGCGCUUUAUAGUGCAGACACACCUGAAAUCGGGGCUUUACCGCAGAAUAUGAAGUUAUUUGCUGCAUCACUUCGUUAUCUUCUUAACAAUGCGCAGCCAGAGCUAAAGAUGAAUCAUCUCUUGGCUUUAUUGUGCUGUUGUGUUAACUUACAAGACAAUUUGAAGGAAGAGAACGUGAAAGCUACAAACCGAAAAUGCUCCCCUCAAUCGUUUGAUCUGCGAGCAGCGCACAGUUUUUGUCAGUGGCAGUCUGUUUUGAGAGACGCUAUCAACCUUAACUGCACUUUACUCGAGCCUGUGCUUACGCCGUACAUUCAUAAGAUAUACAAUGGAGAAAUGGCGCACAGUCUGGCGGAGAAACUAAAUCAAGGUGAGUUAUUU